AUGGCGGAAGGCAGCCGAACGAGCGGUCACGAACGGCGGCACAAGCGUCACGCCGCGGAGGAAAGGGAGCCGGAGAAGAAGAAGAAAAAACGGCUGCACCAAGAAGUGAAGAAAAUCAAACACGUCGAGACCUUUUAUGAGAAGCCACCACCAGGAAUGAUUAAGGAAAAUGAUGACAAGCCUGAAGAUUGUAUUCCAGACCUGCCAGGCAAUGAAGAAGCAAGAGAUUUCCUGGCACAUGCUCCUACCAAAGGACUUUGGAUGCCCUUGGGAAAAGAAGUGAAAGUCAUGCAGUGCUGGAGAUGCAAAAAUUUUGGACACAGAACCGGGGAUAGAGAAUGUCCCUAUUUCAUCAGUGGCAAUCAGAAAUUGGAACAGUUCAGAGUAGAGCUCACCAUUUAUAAUGAAGCUUACGACUUAGAUUUGCAACUUGCAAACUUGUCGAGGCAUUCAGAAAAAAUGAAACGAAUGACAGGGCAAAGACUGUUGCUACAGGCACAUGAGGAUCCCAUGUAUGACUUAAUUAGAGAAAACAAACGGUGUGAAAAGGAAACCAGGAUACAACAGCUGAAACAGAUGUUAGAGGACACCACAUCAGACAGUAACAGUUCCAGCUCGUCAGAUUCUAUAGAUAGGCACAGAAAGAAGAAAAAGAGAAAAGAAAAGAAGAGAAAGAAGGAAAAGAAGAAAAAGAAGAAACACAAGUCUAGAAAACUAAGUCAUAGCUCUGACUAAGACAAAAGACUGAAAUAUUUUCUUUUCAGUAAAGAAAUAUUUAUGUUCA